AUGCAUUUCCCAGAGAACAACAAAAUUAGGAUUCGGAGAGACUGUGGGCAGCAAGAGUUAGCAAACAAGAAAGUCAAGAAGAUACCACCAAAUGUUAUGGCUGAAAUACUUUCAAGACUUCCUACAAAAUCUGUUGCGAGAUUCAGAUCUGCUUCCAAGCUUUGGAAUUCUUUAACCUGCGAGUCUAGUUUUGCUCUCCAGCAGUUUAAAAAUGGACCUAACAAGAAUAGGCCGAGUGUCCUUAUUCUGAACUGGCGAUGCAACAUCGAGUUCUCCUUGAAUCAGUUCGAGGAAGGUAGGCCGCUUUCUGAGAAGUUAUAUUGUAUAGGUCCAAAACGGCUUCCAUGCUAUGUCAUGACAAAUUCCUGCAAUGGUUUGAUCUGUGUUCUGGGGCUCAGGAGUGCUGUUAUGGUAAACCCUGGCACCGGGGAGGUUAUGAUGCUUCCUGAAGGCACCAUAGGCUGUAACGUUCACAAAUUACCAGUCAGUGGUGGGUUAGGUUUUGAUAUCUCCACAGGUGAAUAUAAAGUGGUUCGGUUUGUUCAUUGUCUGGAUCGAACUGUGGCAAGUGAGGUCCUUACUCUAGGCUCAGAGUCAUGGAGAAGAAUCAGCAAUGCCCCCUUACAAGACACUGUUAGGCCACCUGUUGUAGUAAAUGAAGCCAUACAUUGGACAGCAAAGUGUGAUAGGCAUGAUGGCCCAGAAGUUGCUGUUUCAUUUGAUAUAAGACAUGAAACUUUUGAUGUGAUAAUGCAUCCAGAGGGCAGCCACUCGAUUACUGAAUCAUCAAGGGUUGGGAGAACGGUAUCAGUUGUUGGGGAGUUAGCAGGAUAUUUAUGUGUCUCUGAUAAGAACACUUUAACUUCCCAAAUGGACAUAUGGAUUCUCAUGGACUAUAGUCAGCGGAGGUGGAUAAAGCAAUACAGCAUCAAUUUGCAGGCAAUGGAGAACCGUUCAUGGGAUUAUGUUCGUGUCGUGAAACCCCUGACCAUCCGUGAUGGGAACAUUUUGUUGACAGAUGGACGUGGUAGGUUUGAUUAUUACGAUCCCGGGAGCGAAAGCUUUCGCAUGAUAAUGCAUGAUUCUGCUGCUGCUGGAUAUACUACUCUUCAUGUGGAAAGCCUUGUUUCACCUGCAGCGGCUCGACAUGGCACUGGCUUAGUUUAUGGGCAUGGUAAUCUUGAUGCAGAAAAUUAAAUCUCGCUCGGAGCUGCUCGGCGGUGCAUGGGCAGGGGAAUGCUAUGGAAGAUCAUUGUUGAGGAGUGGUCUGCAUGGGGAAAGCAUAGAUGGCAGAGCAUCACUUGCAUGCACAGGACGCUCUCAUGGCCCAGAGAGAUGUAGGACAGCAUGCGAGAAGCUACAGCCUAAAAGUUAGUUUCCUAAUUACUGAGACUGCCUGAAAUUAGUCAUGUCUUGCACAUCAUGCUAUC